AUGGCCACUUACGAGGGAUCUGUUUACCCGGUAGCGUGGCUGGUCCUUGUGCUACCUGGCCCUCCGGACACUUCUCCCGCGUGCAAGCGCUUGCUGAUACGUCUCUUCAUCCGAGCAACAAAUGCUGGGAGUCUUGCACACUUCCUCUCUCACGUAAAUCCAGCCAUUACCGCCGCGCCUGUCUCGUUGUCUGCCAAAAACCCACAUGAUGGCGCUGAUAUUCGCGGAUUUCUGGAGUCUACCAUACAGAAUAGAACAAAGCUAUAUAUUUUAAGGAAGGUUGACAAUAUACAAAAUGCAAAUGCAAACCUGAAAAGUGGAAACGGAGUACGGAAGAGGAGGGCCGUUAGUCAGCAAGGAGGAGAAAUGGACACGGGUAACAGGGGAUACAAGAGGGCAGAGGUGAGAGCAGCUAGAAUAGACACGGGCACGGGGACACUAAGGCCUGUGUGGUCCAGCUUGGCUCGCGUUACUGCUCCAAAGUCACCCUCCUUCAAGUUCUCCCGGAAGGCGUCCUCGUCCUAUUCGCUCAAGCUCGAGCCGGUGAGGGCGGGCGGCGGGAAGAACAAGGGCCGAAGAAAGCCUGUGUCGACGCCCGCAUCCCCCAGUCGCGCACGGGAACCCCAGUGCACGUGUAUGACGGCCGAACAGUACGCCAGACUACGCGCUCAGGACCCCAGGUUCAGAGAGGAGAAUUGGCAAGAUGAGAAAUGCAUUAGAUGCAAGUGCAAGCAAGUCAUUGGUGAGCUCACAGAAAACGAAAUGUCGGAAAAUGAUAUUAAAGAGAACGGAUUCUUUGGCCAUAACGGGCACGUUCGGGCUGCCUCCGAUUCCCCGCCCGAAGUUUAUGAUAAUCUUCAGUUUGAGAGAAGUUCAUCGACUUUGCCACGCACGCAGCAAGGUGGGAGAGGGGUGGUUGAGGGCCCCAACGCGCGGACGGCUAAUCAUGGGGCAGCCCAUACCACAGCCACUACCACUACUACCACCACCCAGGCUGGCACAUGUGACACUAUGGCCUCACGCCGCGGAGGGGCUGACAAUUAUGGCACACUCAAGGUCUCUGGCAACCGCGAGGGCCGUCAGCCGCCGUCGCACCACGCCUCCCACGCCUCUCUUGUCCACAAGUCAAGCAACGUCGGUUCUCUCGCUCGCAAAGACGAAGGCUCUGCCGGCGUUGCCAAUGACCGCGCCAGCGAGAGCGCCACGGCCGGCAGCCGCGACAACCGCAGUCUCCGUGGCAGCCGCAGGGAACUCUCCUCCAAGAGCGUGGACUACUCCGAGAUGGACACAGUGCGGGAGACGGACACGCUGCGACGCCGCGCCCGGAGCAAGAGCACGGACGACGUGACAAAAGGUGACCGAGAUGACGACAACCUCACCCUCGAUAGCAAUACACUUAAGAAAAUGUUGAAGCCCAUGUCGUCAACAGAGUCGCCCGCAACCUCUCCCGAGUCAGGGCGCCGCCGAGCCAAUCGCGGGUUGGGGGGGCAAGGAGUCCCAAUGCGGGCUACCCUGACCAGGGGGGGCUCCACUGUCUCGUAUGCGGAGGGCUUCAAUUCUGAGCCCGACGCACCCCGCCCGCACCGCCUCACACCCUCCAGGUCGGCCAUGAGUGUGCUGGGCGGGGACGAAGGCAGCGGGGGCCGCAGGGGCCGUGGGUUCCGCCUGGACCUGGGGGAGCGUGAGUCCCCGCCAUCCGAUCACCAGCUGUUCGACCUGGGCUGCUACGCCACCACGCCCUCCUCAAGUAAUUCUGAUUUUGAGAAUAAUGUGGCAACUCCAAGUUCCCCGACCAGCCAGCUGCUGCAAGAAUAUGAAAUGCACCUGCGUAAUACCCUGGCUAAGGGGAUGGAUGCUGAGAGCUAUAGUCUGCAUACCUUUGAAGCCCUUCUGACACAGAGCAUGGAAAAUUUGGAAUCCAUCAUUGCGGAGUCACAGUCCCGUCCAUCUUCAAGUGGCACACCACAACAGUCCUCUAGUGGGACCCCUCGCCAGUCAGCAAUUCUGCGGUCCCCCCCAGCCCAUGGGUCAGGAACAACUAGAGAGUCAGCAGCGAAAGUAUAUGACCAAAGGCGGCGUGUGAAGUUGAUAAGCGAGAUCAAACGCAUUCACAAGAAAUACCAAGCUAAGCAGAGCUCUCCUUACAAUAGUGAAGAAAUAUCAAGUAUCCGUUCAAGCACCAAUGGAGUUGUUAAGUCAGAGAUUUUAGAACGAGCUGGAGCCAUGAAAUCAACUGCGAAACACAAUCAGCAGUACAUGUUAUUACAACAACAAAAACAACAGAUACAACAACAUUAUCACCAAAAAUUACUACAGCAGCAACAACAACAAAAACAACAACAGCAACAGUUACAACAACAACAGCAACAACAACAACAGCAACAACAACAGCAACAACAACAACAGCAACAACAACAGCAACAACAACAACAACAACAACAACAACAACAUCAACAACAACAACAACAUCAACAACAACAACAACAACAACAACUACAACAGUAUCAGCAGUUCCAGCAGCCUCAUGUUAAAGUACAUCCCCCUGCUGAGCCCGGGAAAAGGAGCCUCAACAAACACGGGAUGCUGCCAGCCAGUGCUCGAGGGUCAGAAAGAUCCUUACCCACAGCGACACUCCGAGAUGACCGUGAUCACAGUGGCUACUUUAGUGAUCGUAAUGACAGCUAUGGGAGUCGACGUGAUUUGUAUGACCGUGGCUAUAUGAGUGAUCAUGAACGCAGGUUCUAUGACAGACAAGAUAGCAUCCGGUCUGGCUACAUGAGUGACCGAGAGCGAGGCUACACCAGCGACAGGGACUCACGUGGCUACAUGAGUGACCGUGAGAGAGGCUACAUGAGUGACCGAGAACGGGGUUACAUGAGUGACCGAGAGAGAGGUUACAUGAGCGAUCGUGAGCGAGGUUACAUGAGUGAUCGCGAGAGAGGCUACACAAGCGACCGGGAAAGAGGCUACACAAGUGAUCGAGAAAGAGGCUACACAAGUGAUCGGGAAAGAGGCUACACAAGUGACCGAGAAAGAGGUUAUACCAGCGACCGUGAGCGAGGUUACAUGAGCGACCGAGAGAGAGGCUACAUGAGCGAUCGCGAACGUGGUUACAUGAGUGACCGCGAGAGAGGCUACAUGAGUGACCGAGAUUCACGAGGCUAUGCAAGCGAUCGUGAAAGAGGCUACGCCAGUGACCGUGGCGGCUACGGAAGCGACCGAGAAAGGGGCUACUCCAGCGACCGCGAGCACAAUGCCCUGGUUACUCAGGCCUCCAUGGAGAGUGCAGACUCGCGACUCUGCUACCUCACGUCUUCGGAGAUGUCAGAUGAUGACCGCAUGUCCCUGACGACGGCGGUGAGCGAGGACGAAGAAGGAGAGAGCGUGCACAACUCGCCCUACAAGGCCCCGCGCGCUGGCACGACCGCCGCGUCCUUCAAUUGCACCGGCGCCGUCAGGAAGGCUGGACUCCUUUGUCUCGUGGAUUCUGUAAUCCUGUUUAGACUUUCUCCGAAGGGCGACCCCGAGGCAGGUCGGCGCUGGUGCGAGAGCGCAGCCCCGCGGCUCUGUGUCUCCGAGGCUCGGUUUGGUACGUAUGGCUCUCGGUUCCUCGUGAAGACGAUUGCUAUAUCUUGUGGCAAUGGUCACCUCAUCCGCAGAGCUCUUUACAAUUCGUCCGCAUGUCCACAUUUCCACGCCAUCCAAGGGACUUCUCGUAUUCCAGGUACGAGGAACACUUCUGUAUCAAUUGCCCAUAGACUGGAGGCCAUUUUGCAACGUUUGUUUCGUGCAGUUUUCCCUGGAGUUCAGAUUGUUCAUGAUUUUUAUGUUGACCUUUCAGCCUUUGUUCCGCACCGGUCUUCAAAACGAUACAUCAUAUCCUUCCGCACCGAUGGAAGCUGUGUGUAUUUCAUCCCCACAGGAUCUUCACAGGCCCGGCCAAGUCCAGACAACUCACACGAAUCCUCUUCUUAUCCCAAGCUGUCUUAUCCUAUCACGAAAUACUUCACCGUUCAAGCGUUCGAAGUUUCCAGGACACGUCGUGUGUACUCCAGGUUUCGUGACUCGAUGUUUGACUACACCUCAAAGGGUUUGCGCUUAGUUGCCCGGAAGCCAAAUGGCAAAAUUGGUUCCCAAGUUGGGCCAACUAUCCAAUACUGCGUUCCAUAUAUUGUCCCAAACACCAGCGCCACAGCUUGUCUCGGCCGAACAGCUGUGCCAGAGCGCAGUAGCUUAUCCGAACAGGGACAGCCGCACAGUCGCCACAGCUAA